GAACAACUGAUCUGGCUAUACACUGUUCAAUAUUAAGCUGAAUAGCCAUUUUCUUCCGAAUAUUUCUUCAGAGCUACGUCUAUUAACUUGCAAAUUGUUGACAACAUGGACUAAACUCGACCAUUAAAUCUCGAGUCAAUCCGGGAUCAGCUCCGUCACUCAUAGGCGACGAACAAACAUGGCCUUUCUCAGCACCACUCUUAUAAUCACACUUCUGGUCCCAGUGGUCACUUUCUUCCUGAUUCCUGCCGUAGUGGGAUAUAUCUUGAAACUUGUUCUCCGCAGCAUCGGCUGGUCUCUCGAGAACAAGACUAAUGGACGCCGAGAACUGAUUCUGUCCCAAGUGCGCAUAGAAGAAGAGCAUUAUGUGGCUAAACAGUCUACCAUAUCAUCAGCGUCAGCUUCAGCUGGUCCGGAAGAUGAUGAUUGGGAGAAAGUAGAUGGUACUGUGCCGAGUGUAGCUGGGAAUGGGCAACCGUUGGGCGAGGAUUGGGAGGGUAUAAUUGGGUUCUUUCAUCCGUUCUGUAACGCCGGAGGAGGUGGUGAGCGUGUCCUUUGGGCUGCCGUAAAAGCCACGCAGGAACGUUGGCCGAAGGCCGUAUGUGCAAUCUACACUGGUGACCAUGAAGUCACCAAAGCAGCAAUUCUAGAACGGGUCGAGACCCGGUUCAAUAUCAAACUACAUGCACCAACUGUGGUCCUAUUAUACCUCUCCACCCGAAAAUACGUCCUCAGCAGCAUGUACCCCCAUUUCACACUUCUAGGCCAAUCCCUAGGAUCCCUAGUCGUAGCCUUUGACGCCUUCAACCUUCUCGUCCCAGAUAUAUAUAUCGACACCAUGGGCUACGCGUUCACAAUCGCAUUAUGCAAAUACCUUUUCCCCUCGGUACCAACGGGAGCAUACGUGCACUACCCCACCAUCUCGACAGAUAUGCUAACCUCCCUUGACGACGACACGGGUAUCAAGGGCCUCAAUUCCGGCGCCGGUUCCGGAUGGAAAGGCACCGCUAAAAGACGAUAUUGGCAUCUCUUUGCCCGGUUGUAUGGUUGGGUGGGUAGUAAAGUUGACGUGGUCAUGACCAACUCCUCCUGGACAUCGGCACAUAUAAACUCCCUUUGGGGCCCGUCACGCAAACGACUAGUAGCACAUAAAGAUGCGACCGUCGUAUUUCCGCCAACAGCAGUUAAGGAAUUACACUCUUCCAUCGAAGUGAAUGAUUCCACCGAAUCAAGCCGGGAACCCAAUAUCUUAUACAUAGCUCAAUUCCGGCCGGAAAAAAACCACGCUUUGAUUCUGCGCGCAUUCGCUCGAUUUCUCAACAAGCACCGUGAAAAGUCAACCGCAGAAAAAACACCAAAAUUGAUCCUGAUAGGAUCAGUCCGCCACUCUAGCCCCGACGAAACUCACAUCUACCACCUCCGCCUAUUAGCACAUGAACUCCACAUCCGCGACCAGACAACCUUCAUCUGCGACGCGAGCUGGCCUACCAUCCUCUCAUACCUAUGCACAUGCUCCAUCGGCACAAAUGCAAUGUGGAAUGAACAUUUCGGCAUCGGUGUAGUCGAAUACCAAGCCGCAGGACUGAUAAGUGUAGUCCACGACUCUGGUGGUCCCAGGGAAGAUAUUGUCAUCAAUUUAAAUGGGGAAGGAGAAACGGGGUUUCGGGCUUCGACAGAGAAGGAGUUUGCGGCUGCAUUUGAGGAUGCGUUGGCGUUGCCGAAGGGAGAGAAGAUUGCUAUGAGGUCGAGGGCGAGGAGGUCGGCGUUGAGGUUUACGGAAGAGGAGUUUGCGAGGAAGUGGGUUGUGGAGAUUGAGAAGUUGGUUCUUUUAAGGAAGAAGUAGUCUUCUGUCCAUCGAGAAGUAUCUUUUAUAUUGUGUAGCUUAGUUUUUAUUCGGAUAAGCCAUAUUGUAUUCAUGUAUUCAACCAGAUGCAAACUCAGGUUCUAAUAAAUCAGCAACUGUCAGGGUAUUCCGUAGAUGUAAGAACUAUCCCAAUUUCGUAUAACCCAUAUGCCUUUAGCAAAAUAGAUGAUAAAGAUGAAGCAAUAACACCCAAGUCACCUAGUAUUCCCUAUCCUGCCGAUUUUAUCUCUCUCCCUGCUUCAAGUAGAAAAAGGAAAUGAUAAGUCGCAAAGCAGGAAGAAGCAAAAGACGCCACAAACCCGCUCUAUAAAGUGUAACGACAGUCAAAGAGAAUGAAAGCAGAAAGGUUGGGAAAAGUAUAAACAAGAAAGAGCAAAAGGGUAUUUAUCAACUCCAUUCCUGGCCCGUAUAAUUCGGAUCUGUGGUGGCAUCUAGCCC